CACCCCCGCCCUCUGGCCCCCCUCUUUUGCCUCCCAAGCUCUCCCCGCCCCCACCCCCGAUCACCUAUUGGGCCACAUCCGCUUCCACUGCAAAGGACCCUUUGGGCUCCAGCACCAGCGGGGGCUCGGUGGCUAAGCUGUUGGGGGCGCCCAAUGCCAAUGUCUUGAAGGCCGUAGCAAAGGGGGUCUGCAAGCCCGGGGACACCGCCAACCGAUGGAUUCCAUCACUCGAGACUCCUCGCACCGCGGUGCUGUACUUCAACCAGACCCCUGCUGCCAAGGUCAGCCGGGUGGGGGCGGUGGUGGCCUACGUGCUUAAUCGCGGAACCAUCGACCCAGCCAUCGCCUCCAUUGAGCUGCUGCUGCAGACGCCGAGUCAGCAGCAGCAGUGGGUCACCUUCUACACGGGCAGCAGCUCGGGCCAGCAGCUGACAUGCCCCGGGCUCAACCGCUUCCCAGUGUCUGCCGCCGCCCUGAAACCUCCGGUCUCUGCGGCUGUGUUCGCUGCGGCUGAGGUAAUGGGUGUACGGCUCAACGUCGGCGCUGGCGUCACCUCCGACAAGGCCAACUUGCCGCAGAUGGCGGCGGUGGGACUGCAGAUGGCGUAAGGGCGUUGUCGGCCCAGAUGAUGGAAGAUGAUGCCCUUACUUGCGUACCGUGUCAUUUGUUAUGCUUGCUUUGUACUCGCGUGCGUGUUUACGUCCUUAAGAGUUCGAUUCCCUUCUUAGUGUUCCGGUUCUGUGUGCUGCUGUGCGUGUCAGAGCAACCAAGUUGGUGGCGUGCUCAAGGCGGCGGUAGCGCCACCCGUGGGGUGUUUUUCUGCCGUUGUCCUCUGCACGCAUGCAUACAUGCACCGCUUGUCCCCGUGCAUGUAGGUCUGAAUAUUGUUCGUUGCCCGUCUUAAUCUGAUAGCCUCAUUAAUUGCUAUUAAAUGCUUGUGUCCGAGUUGUACGAGUUUAAAUAUCAUGCGAGCGCAUACGUGCUAUGCUACCGUACACUAUGCUUCCUAUGCUACCGUACACUUGCCCGUUCUUUGCGUGUGGGCAAUAAUCAGGAUGCCUAACCUUCCUUGGCUAGUGUUGUUAAGUUUGCCGCACUGUUUGUCGACGUCAUUACGUCGUUAUGCCUCUAAUUACAUGAUCUGCGUUGUCCUACUUUUUGGGUGAACCUCCCGCUGUGAAGCGGCUUUGAGCAGUACGAUAUUGUCACUACUUGACCGGGCACUAGUAUUACGUGUUUACCUGGUUGUUUGCCAGGAUUCCAGGUGCCUAACAAACUUGCUUGUGUAGUUCUUGGGAUUAUUACCUGCCCUAAGUAGGUUGCUGGUCAGGGAUGCAGCGAGGUUUCCUGGUUGGGCGGAGCCCCUGCCCUCGACAAUGAUAACCAAGGACUAGGACUAUACCAUUUAUUAUAAAUGGACAAACUGGUCGACGUUGCCUUUGCCUGGGGUGUUGGCUUCGCUGGCGCCUGUUGUGUGCAAGUCGUGUUACUAGGACCAACUGUCCAACUGUCUCGCAAAGUUGGUGUAAGGAACGGCCUGAGUUGUUGGUUUAACUUCGUAUAACGGGUUAUUAUAUUCGCUCGUUUUGCCAGUACUUGCGGUGCGCUUGCCCGUAUUUCGCGAUUUGGUCGUUAGUUCGUUGUCUUCCCUGGAGUCGUAAAUCUUGGGCCGGCUUGUUGCUGCCGAGAGCGUCUGGUUAGGAAGCGGAAGUUAUACUGGAGGAUACUGGUUAUGUGGCGUCCCGGCGCCAGCGGCGCGGGCGGCACCAUCCGGAAAUUUUUCGCGACUGUGAUGGAGCCCACGCCAAGCUAGCUGUGCCCAGGAACGUGUGAUAGCAGGAGGAGGUGCGCCACAGCACUCGUAUGGGGAUGAACGUACUGCGCCCUUGACCGCUAGCCCUGUGGUCUUCUGCUGCCGUACUGCUGAAAGGGGAUGGUUUAGUGCUAACUAUUGAGAUACGCGUGCGGAAGCGUCCUUUGGAUAGUUUGCUGCUAAUUAGAGAGAUACGCGUGCGGAAGCGUCUUUACUGCUGAACGGGAGAUAGUUUGCUCUAACUAUUGAGAUAACGCGUGCGGAAGCAUCUUUGCUGCUAUCGGGCGAAACGGGUUAUGGAUAACGCUGCUUAGACCAGGGCGAUGCAGGCGCCUGGCUGUUGCCGACGCUUGCCGGUUAGAGAGAUAGAAACGUAGCCGUUACUUAGCUGCCGUAGCACCGCUGAAGCCGCCGCUGCUGCCGGUUGGCUCCACUGAUCCUGCCGUGCUUGGAUAGGGCCCUGGGGAGCGACCUGGAUGCUGUAAGGGACAGAACCUGCACAA